AUGAAGCCGAUAACAUUCGAAAACCUUCGUCGACUUGUCGGCGGAGGUCGUAAAAAGAAAGAAAAAGAAUCAUCUUUCAAACGAAGUGAAUCUUUUAAAAGAAUAUCAAUUCGUAGAAGUUAUUUAGAUCGCGGAAAAAAGAAACAAAUAUCCAAGUUAGAAGUUUCAACGCAAACUGUUACCGAAGAAGAAGACAUUUUGGAAACUGCGAAAGAGACUCCAGGUUCUGUGCAAGUUGAAAAAAGAGAUGUAGCCGUGGCCACUAGUGAUUUAACUAUCAAGAACGAAAUAAAGUGCAAUAAUAAGUACAAAUUAGAACAAAGUAAGAGCGGGCCAGGUCAAAGCGUUAUCGCUUAUGGACAAUGGCUGAGAGGGAUCAGAAAAACUGAAUCUUCAAAUUCUACGGGUAUUAAAGGUUCAGAAAGAACCAUAAUAUACGUACCUGCUUCUGAUGAAAUUGCUCCUCCUCCUGUCAUUCGACAAUUAUCUUCAUCACCUGUUUUGAUAAAAAAAUCAUCAAUCCAAAAAAGGAAAUCCAAACAAAGAAGUCCCAGUUUGCAAAGAAAAGAGAGCAAUGAUUCUGCAGUGGAGAUGUUUCCUUGGGGGGAUAGUACGGAAUUAAAAAAAUCGCCUUUAGUUAGAAAAAGAUCCAGACAAUCUCCUUUACCUCUUUUGCCUGAUUCUGGUGCUGAAGAAAUGUGUUCAUUAUCAAUAAGUUUAGGGCGAAUAUGGAUAGAUGCUCCCACUGGCAUGGCUCCAAGAAGUUUAGAAUUACCAAAGUCUACAGGCCCUCCUGCUCCAGCUCAUCAUUCGCUAGAUAGUGCUCUUAAGGACUUAAGAGAUGAUCCCAUUCUGAUUAAUAGAUUACAGAAAAAACCUACCCCGCCAGUAGGAAGAACAUUAUCAUCAACGAGUAAUACAACUGCUUCAACAGGCUUAUUUUCUAGUAAGGACUCUGGGUUUUCAUUCUCGAUAUCGGCUCCCAAAUUAAAUGAUUUUCACUCAAACUUUGCUUCGCCGCCAUCACGGGGACUUUUUAGAAAAAAGAGGCCGAAGCCAAAAUUAUCUGUCAGUAGGGAUGGCUACUUUAAACGAACAAGUGGUGCUUUAGUAGUAGAUACAAAACGAAAUUCAGUGACAAGAAAACAUAGUGGUAAAAAGAAAAACAAAAAGAAAAAAAGUGUUAAAGAGGGUGGUUCGGUAAGAAGUGAUUUAUACCAAGUAAUGGUUAGUAGACCUUCCAAAUCUUUACGUUCUUUAAAAUUGGAUCCGAUGAUUUUCGUUCCUCCGGAAAAAAGAAAAAGUUGCAUAUAUAGGAAGUCAUCAUUUAAAUAUGGUAUCAGUGAAAUACGGAACUGGACACCUUUAGAUAAUUCCAUUUACGUCAGUCGAAGUACUUAUAGUACUGAUGAGGGGUUAUACGAAAGCCUUACGGGUGACUAUGAAUAUUUAUCAGACGAAUUAAGCUGCAAUAUAUCCCGUUUAACUUUGACUAACGAUGAAUACGAAAAUUUUGCUUGUGGAUCUCCAGUAUCUGAUAAAUCGACAAUUAGUCUUUUGGUCAGUGAUAGCUCUAAAAGUGACAAUCCCUAUGUACCUCUAGGAGUUUCACCAGUACCAAAAAGAAAACCAGUCAGACAGAAAAAAACAGGAUUAAGUCACAAACGGAGUAUUACUUACGUAGUGAAGCCAACCAUUAUCAGGGCUCCUUCAACUUUAAGACGACAAAACAAAAAAGGUGAGAUUAAAGAUUAUUAA